UACUAGAAGAAGAAGAAGAAGAAGAGCCGUAGAAUCAGAGCUCCACUCGGGAGCUGCUGGGAUGUUAAUUAGUGCUCGGUAUGCUCAUCAUGCAAAGGUUAUAUGUCACGAAGGACAGGAGCCGCCGAGGGUGACAACAUGCGAGACGUGUAGCUGCGCGAAGACGGACUAAAAAACCCAAACCCCUUCUCGGUUUCGAGCCCGUUUGGCUGCAGCAGGUUGCCAAACAAUGGACGCAAGUUUGGUGUUUCCGCAGACAGCGGCGGCGCGCGCGCUGGCUCCUCUCGGCAGCAAAGUGGCUUCAUGAGUGUCCAAAGUAACAGUGGAAGUGGUGGUGGAAGUUUGGAGGCGCCGCCAUCUUGGUCGCAGCUCUCCUCGUCCCCGACAAUUUCUCAACAACAAGCAGCGGUGACCGCCAAGACCAGGGAAGUUCCCAUGGAGGAGCUGCACAGCCUAGACCCCAGGAGACAGGAGCUGCUGGAGGCCAGGUUCACAGGAGCUGUCAGCGGCAAUACGGGAGGCAGCACUGGGAGCACCAGUGGAGGUGCAAAGGGUCUGGCCAACGAGUCGUCAAACCACAGCUAUGGAAGUCUGGGCUCGUCGAGUGACAAAGAGUCGGAGACCCCAGAGAAGAAGCACUCUGAAUCGUCCCGGGGGAGGAAGAGGAAAGCUGACACCUAUUCUGAGGGCAGUCAGGGGAAGACUUCCACUCGUGGGCCCAAGAUCAGCGACUACUUUGAUUUCCAGGGUGGAAACGGUUCUAGUCCAGUUCGAGGCCUGCCCUCUGCUCGCCGCUGGCCUCAGAGCUCACACUCUGCUCCAGGCUCUAUUAUCCGUCAGAAUAGCUCCUCACCCACCAGUCUGUGCUUUGGGGAGCACAGUCUCAAAGCUGCUUCAAGCAAAUGUGUCCAGACUGAGCUGACGGGCCUGAAACUUGCUGCACUGGAGAGCAACAAAAAUCUGGACCUGGAGAAGAAAGAAGGGCGAAUAGAUGACCUGCUUAGAGCUAAUUGUGACCUACGGAGACAGAUUGAUGAACAGCAAAAACUCCUGGAGAAAUACAAGGAGAGGCUGAACAAGUGCAUCACCAUGAGCAAGAAGCUGCUCAUAGAGAAGAGCAUCCAGGAGAAGCAGUCAUGUCGUGAGAAGAGCAUGCGAGAUCGCCUCCGCCUUGGUCACUUCACCACCGUCAGACAUGGCGCCUCCUACACAGAGCAGUGGACUGACGGAUACGCAUUUCAAAACCUGAUCAAGCAACAGGAGUGCAUCAACCAGCAGAGGGAAGACAUUGAGCGACAGAGGAAGCUGCUCGCCAAAAGGAAACCCCCGAACCCCGUGUCUCCCUCCCUGUCCGUGACCUCCACAUCUGAACCCAAGCAGCGCAAAACGAAGGUGGUCAACGGCAAUGAUUCGGACCCCUUCCUCAAGCCCUCCUUGCCUCAACUACUGACGCUUGCCGAGUACCACGAGCAGGAAGAGAUAUUCAAGCUUCGCCUCGGAUACCUGAAGAAGGAGGAAGCUGAGAUCCAAGCAGAGCUGGAGAGGCUGGAGCGAGUCAGGAACCUUCACAUCAGAGAGCUGAAGAGGAUCAACAACGAGGACAGCUCGGCCUUUAAAGACCACCCGACUCUGAACGAGCGGUACCUGCUGCUGCACCUGCUGGGCAGAGGCGGCUUCAGUGAAGUCUACAAGGCGUUUGACCUGUUUGAGCAGCGCUACGCAGCUGUCAAAAUCCACCAGCUCAACAAGAACUGGAGAGAGGAGAAGAAGGAAAACUACCACAAGCAUGCUUGCAGGGAGUACCGGAUACACAAGCAGCUGGACCAUCCAAGAAUAGUCAAGCUGUACGACUAUUUCUCCCUGGAUACCGACACGUACCUCCCCCCAGAGUGUUUUGUCGUAGGGAAGGAACCGCCUAAAAUCUCAAACAAGGUGGACGUCUGGUCUGUGGGGGUGAUCUUCUUCCAGUGUCUCUAUGGACGCAAGCCGUUCGGCCACAAUCAGUCUCAGCAGGACAUCCUUCAGGAAAACACCAUCCUCAAAGCCACAGAUGUCCAGUUUCCUGCUAAACCACAAACCAGCACAGAGGCCAAGGCAUUCAUCCGGCGCUGUCUGGCCUAUCGCAAGGAGGAUCGGUUUGAUGUCCACCAGCUGUGCUCAGACUCCUACCUUCUUCCUCACAUGAGACGUUCAAACUCCUCCGGUUCCCUGCAGCCCCCUUCCUUGUCGCUGCCCACCUUCUGACUUGUUUCAUCGGCGGGACCCUCAGGUUACCGCCGAGGCAGAACUGUUGCCAGUGGAGAAUAAGACAUGGAUUGCUCUUUUUUUUUCUUUUUCUUUUGCUCCUGAACAGGAUACAUUUGACAGAAUUGAAUUAAAUGUAAACUCAGAAAAGGAAGAGAAAGGUUGUUGCCCCUGAACACAACUGAGUAUGAGGAAGAGGGGAUAAAGAGGAAAGAUGGCGUUGUUUGAAGCGAGACUGAAGGAACAUGUGAGGAUUUCUUAGAAGCACUGUCCAAACCUCAUAGCUCCAUGUGCACCUCCAUCUCCACAUCAGGAUGUUCUUUACUGGGUAAAGACCUUCAGUCGACAUGAACCUUCAGCAGCAGUCGGCGCUAGUCGAGAUGUUGAGAUAAAAAUAACGGCUGCAUUUCAUCGAUCGUUGGUCUCCACACAUCAGGGAUUAAUUUCAAAGUGAUCAUGUGACCGUGGCAUUACUUUUAGGUUGCACUCCUGAUCCAGGUCAUGUUCUUCUGGGCUCAGAUUUGGUUUGAAGCACCGCGGCUUGGCCAAGUCAAAUCAAACACUUUUCCACAUCGUGGAAAAUGGAUUUCUUUUAUUUGUCUUUAUUUUAGGUAUCAGUCUUAAUUUUGUUGUUCAGGUAAGAGUCUGAGGUUUUGCACAGGUUGAUGUCUCCAUGUGUCUGAAGACUGCGUUACAAGCGCCUGCCCUGCGGACAGGGCUAGGAAGUCGGUGUACAUUUCAUGAUCAGGAGGCACUGCUCACUAACAGAUAUAUUAUACCGAAGCUUCUCCUCACUUCUUAGUUUCUCAGUUUGUUUAUCUGAAGAGCUGUUAUUGGUUUGCUGCUAUAAAUGUUGCUUUUAAUUUCUUUGUGAAUGAUUCUCACCUGACGUCUGUGCAUACUUGAACCUUGUUUAAAAUUUCCAGAGCCUGUUGCUGUUCCGAGGGAGGCUCCCCUGCACCAAACGCCUGCUUGGAUUAAAUUUGUUUUUGUUGACCUAAGUGUAAAGUCCAACAGACAUGACGAGCGAACACCCAGUAUGCUGUGUUGUCUUCCUGCCAGAGGAAGUGAGCACGUUUGGCUGAGCUGCAUAAUUAACUUCAUCUGGAAAUUCAAUGGAUAUCUCAACAUGUGCUUGUCUUAAUAAAACACUUACCUGAAUGACGCUGUGAUUUUUGAUGCUUGGAGCUGAGCGACGAAACAUAUUUAAGUGCAAGGUCGAUAGCUGCAACAAGUGCAUGUCUACCCGCUUAAAACUGCACACAGGUUUCAAAAGUAUUCACCAUAUUGGUGUUCUUUAAAGCCCAACACCCACCACUAUAGCCCCAAUCUCUUUAGGGGUAGUCGCUGUCAUAGAAUGAGUUAUGUUUGGGGGUUGUCACAGUCGGGCCAGGCACGUGUUUAAAAAAAAAAA